GCAAGAGUAGGUAGGCUAUGGCUAUUCAAAAGAGAUCAAAUUGGGCUUUUAUGAACCCUCAUUCCGAUUCAACCAUUCAUAGACUACUUUGGAGAUAGUUGAAAACAGGUCGAUUCGAGCAACCCCAAACAACUCAUUGGUCAGAUCUGAGUGCAGGACUGCACUCACGUGACACCUGACUGAUCAUUUGGACGAUCGUGCUUCUAGGUGAGCCUCUCUAAACCUGUCUGCGUACAAAGAGGGGAUUCACCAUGCCCCCUUCUGCACCCACAAACCUGGACUAUACUCCGCCAGACGGAGGCUGGGGUUGGGCAGUGGUCUUCGGCUCCUUCAUAUCGAUCGGCUUUUCCUACGCCUUCCCCAAGUCUCUGACCAUCUACUACAAAGAGAUCCAGGAGUACUUUUCAGCCACCUACAGUGAGAUCGCAUGGGUCUCGUCCAUCAUGCUGGCUGCCAUGUAUGCAGGAGGGCCGGUGAGCAGCGUCCUGGUGAACCGGUACGGCAGUCGUCCCGUGGUCAUGAUCGGAGGGGUCAUGGUUGGAGCCGGAAUGGUGGCCUCCUCGUUCGGAACUACUAUUAUGCAUUUGUACAUCUGCGUUGGAAUCAUCGGAGGUUUUGGCCUCUCGUUUAACCUGCAGCCUGCCCUCACCAUCAUUGGGAAGUACUUCCAGGUCAAGAGGCCCAUGGCGAACGGCUUGGCCAUGGCAGGAAGUCCAGUGUUCCUGUCCACUCUCGCUCCUCUCAACCAGUUCCUGUUCGACAGCUUCGGCUGGAGAGGGAGCUUCCUGAUCCUGGGCGGCUUCGUCAUGAACUGCUGUGUGGCCGGCGCCCUGAUGAGACCCAUCGAGGUCAAGCCGCGAGCGAGUCCAGCCGCGUCGGCCAACGGGGCCCCAGGCGAUAAAGAGCAGAGCCCGGACGCCAGAAGCCCAGCGAACAAGAGAGGGUGCGCAGGCAGGGUCAACCAGUUCAUCGACCUCUCGCUGUUCAAGCACAGGGGCUACCUCAUCUACCUGGUGGGCAACGUGGUCUUGUUCUUCGGCUUCUUCGCGCCCGUGGUGUUCCUGGCGCCGUACGCUAAGCACAUGCAGGUGGACGAGUACUCGGCCGCCCUCCUGCUGUCCAUUUUUGCGCUGGUGGACAUGUUCGCCCGCCCCAUCACGGGCCUGGUGGCCAACACCAGGUGGGUCCGGCCGCGCAUCCAGUACUUCUUCAGCUUCUCCGUGGCGUAUAACGGGCUGUGCCACGUGCUGUGCCCUCUGGCCAGCGGGUACGGAGGGCUGGUGGUGUACGCCGUCUUCUUCGGGGUGGCGUUCGGCAUGCUGUGCGCUCUGCUCUUUGAGGUGCUGAUGGACCUAGUCGGAGCGCAGCGCUUCUCCAGUGCGGUUGGACUGGCCACCAUCAUCGAGUGCGCCCCCGUUCUCCUGGGCCCCCCCAUCUCUGGUGCCCUGGUGGACCUGUUCCAUGAUUAUAAGUACAUGUACUACGCCUGCGGGGUCAUGAUGCUGGUCCCAGGGAUCUUCCUCUUCAUCAUGAACUACUUCAACUACAAGUGGCUGGCACAGGAGGCGCAGCAGAGCCGGCAGCAGGAGGACGAGGAGGAGGCCGGGGCCAUGGAGGAGCUGAAGGAGCUGAGGAGCAGCGCUGAGAACAAGCCGGAGGAGACGCUGGGGUAGGGAGGAGGAGGAGACGCUGGGGUAGGGAGGAG